AUGGGAGAUGGACAAUAUUUUACCUCUCAUGUUCGGCUCCGACAGGAUCCGAUGGAGUGUAAGAUUGACGCAUUGUCCGAUGAGUUGCUUGUGGCAAUUCUUUCAUAUUUACCAGUAAAGAAAGCAGCAACAACCUGUCUUGUCUCUCGUAGAUGGAGAUAUCUAUGGAAGUAUACCUCUGGCUGUCUUGAGAUUUAUGAUAAGGAUAAAAGAACUAGAGACCCGAAUGUAGAACAUGAGUUUGUGAAGUUGGUAAAUCAAGUUUUAAAAUUGCACCAAGGUCCAACUUUUGAUCAAUUCCGAGUUGGUUUUUGCUUUGGUGGUAGUUUUUUCACUUUUGAUCACUGGAUUAAAUUUGCCAUUGAAAAGGAAGUCAAAGUAUUUGAAUUGAACUUAGCAACUGGCGGUGGAUUUGGCGUUGGAUUGCGAUAUUAUCAUUUUCCUGACAUUGAGAAAUUGUCGUCUAAGCUAAAGAUUUCCAGAUUUUGUUGUAAUCUAAAAUCACUUAGCCUGGUUAACAUCGGUGUUAAGGAGGAAGUCGUUCAAUUUUUUCUAUCCAAUUGUCCAUGCCUCGAGAAACUAUGUGUUUCAGCAAUGGCAGGCAUUUCUUCCCAAAACGUUCUUCCGACGGAUUUUCCGGUUAACUCACCGGUGACCGAUGGGCCAUUUCCGGCAAUGGGCGAUGCAGAACUGGUGGAGACCG